ACUAUUCUCUUAACCGAAAAAAUAUAUUUCAAAUGACAAUGAAUCUUCAGAUCCUUGGAUUUCAUAACUGCAAUGGUUGCGCACGAAAGGUUGAAACCGCACUAAGUAGAAUUGGCGUCCGGUUGGUGGAACUCGAUCGUGAAAGUGGGAAUGUCACGGUCGCGAGUGCUGAAAAUCCUGAAGUGAUCAGGCGUGCUCUAGAGCGAAAACUGAACAAAUCAGUUGUCGUUUUGUCAAGGGACCUCGUCCCUAUAAACCAAAACCCUAAUCCGGUUGUAGCAUAUCAAGUGCCCGCAAAUCGAGCUUUAGAUCUUCAACAAUUAGGUCACGUUAUGGUUACACUGGCUGAGGUGUUGGAUGGUGUGGAGAUCACGCGAUCGAAUACAACUACGAUCAACUUCAUCCACCGACAAACCCCGCCAGUUGUUAGGCGGAAUGGCGAUGGUUAUAAUGGUGUUCGAAUUAGAGAAAUUAGAGAUGGUGAUGUUGAUCAGUACGCAUCUCCACGACCACCACCACGAACACCCCCGUGGACACCCAUAGAACCGUCGGCCCCACUGAUGCCCGCGACAGAACAAGUGGUUUAUGGGUAUCCACCGGGUUAUUAUGGAGUCUCUACAUGUCACCAUGACCACUCAAAUGGGUGUUGCAACAUCAUGUGAGCAGGGGCGGACCUAGAGUGAUAGAAGGGGUAACCUCCGUUGCCCCUUGACGCUCCGACGACCCGCCACUGCACGUGAGGAUGUAUAUAUGCGUCUUUUGAAGCCUUCAAAUGUAACUUUUUUUUGUUUAUGUUUGUAUCUUUUUUUGGUAAUUUUGAUCAUGUAUACUUGGAGUUUCUGGUGGUUUUGUUUGUGUUUUCAAGUGUUGUAAAAAAAAUAAUAAAUCUGGAAAUAGACGAGUGAUGAAAUUUUCGUUCCUUAAA